UAUUUUCCUAUAAAAAGCCAUUCCAUCGUUGUUCUUCCAAACCAUCCAAUUCAAAGGAUUAAGUCCAGAAAAAGUAAUUUGAAUAAGAAAAUAAAAAUGGAAGUGGGUCUUAGUUUGGUUAUAUUGUCCUUGUUUUGUGCAGGAGCUGUGGCACAAUCAGGUUGUACAAAUGUGUUAGAGAACCUAUCACCGUGCCUCAAUUACAUAACGGGGAGCGCAACAAACCCAUCUUCAGGGUGCUGCACACAAUUUUCAGGUGUUGUGAAAUCAUCACCACAAUGUCUCUGUCAGAUUCUUAAUGGAGGAGCAUCAUCACUUGGUAUCAAUGUUAACCGUACCCAAGCUCUUGCCUUACCUACUGCUUGCAAAGUACAAACCCCACCCUCCACUCAGUGCAAUGCCGAUUCACCAGCGGGAUCUUCUAAUUCUAAUCCAUCAGGAACCGAAAAUUCCAUCAAGCUAUCAAUUCCUCUACUCUUCGUUGUUUUUGCUGCAACAUAUGCUUCGACUUUCAGGACAUACUGAAAUAUUCAUUUUUUCAUUUCUACACCUCACAUUUAUAAUGUUAUUUUUCAGUUGUUGAAGAUUGUUGUUUCUUUUCACAAUAUAUUCAUUUUUGUGAUCACUAGCUCUAUUUGGUUAAUUAUAUGGUGUUGUAUUGUGAACGGGAGAUAUAUUUUAUCUCCCUUAAGCUUUAACGUGUUUGGAUUUGCUAUACUAUGAUUCUGUUAAACACGAUUACUAAUA